AUGGCACCAGAUGGAAAGUGGGAUACGGCUCUCGCUAAGCUGGGGUUGAAGCGCAAACCCAAGAUAUCGGAUCCUAUUCCUAAGGACGAUGUCUUCAGCGUGACCGGAUCACAUCUGUGCGUUAGGAAGAACAAGCCUCAUAAUUUGCACGUUACACCUCCCCUCAAGUCCCCAACAGGCUCAUCCUCAGACACUUUUCGCACCCCCACCAGCUCGAGUUCCAUUUCGGGAUCUUGGGCGCCUCUUACUCCCUUAACCCCCACCAGCUUUGACUCCGUCGUUCGAUACAGUCUGGACCCUGUGAAGAUGGCUACUGGCUUUGCCCAAGCUCGUCUUGCAACAUUUCUCUCCGAUGACCAGGAUCGUGUUGCUACUCAUGAUAAGUGGUCCAAGGAGUGCCUGGAUAGCCAUCUUCUGGCCAGCAUGGCGAUGAUGGAUGAAAUUGUGGAUCAAGUCACACCCCAGAACGUCGUGCAGUCUAGGCUUCGUGUUGAAGAUAUCAGGGAUGGUUUCUUCAGAUAUGCGGACGCGCUCGGACAUGAAGCGGAUCUUCUGAGGCAGUGUGAGGCCAACGGCACCAAGCCACUGAGCAAACAUCUCCCCAUAUCAUACCCAGCCGAGACAUUCAAUUCCCCAAAGACUCGUCCCACUGGCAUUAUCAUGGACCCACAGGUCGAAUUGCUGCCCCCUCCAUGGAGAUACUCUAAAAACCCCAAGCCUUUUGAACAUCAACCAGAUACCUCCCUGCACCGCCCAGAGCAGCAAACCGACGAUAUCUAUGCCGGCAUGGAGCCCAAGAUAAUGAAGAAACAGAUUAGUGGUCUUGUCAACAGUGACACUUUCGCCCUGCCUUUCAAGACAAGUGACGUCGGUGUUCAAACCACACUGUCUCGCUCUAGCAAGGAUACAGAGGCCUUAACGAAGCAACAGAGUCAAUAUUUCGAAAAGAACUCAAUCAUCUCGCAGCAUCAGAAAGUCCAUCACUAUCCCCCCAAAAGCCCAUCCAGCUCGAACAACGAGCCAAAGACUCUGAAGCAGCAACUGAGUCGGUAUUUCGGGAAGGACUCGGUCAACUCGAAGCGGCAGACAGCUAAUCACUGUCUCCCAACAAGCCCAUCCAUCUCGAACCACGAACCAAAGACUUUGAAGUCACUGCCCUCGCAGGAGGAGAUAAGCCGCUUUUCCGGUUCAAGCGCCUAUUCUGUUAGGGCAUCGGGCGAUCAGGCUCAGCAGUUGAGCGACUCAUCUAUGCAGGCCCAGGAACCCAAGAAGCUUCCAACUGGUUCCACCAAAUAUGAAGCCAUUGGCUUGAAGAAAACCCCGUUUGAAGAUUUUGACCCGGAAUUUAUCAAAGCUUUGAAUCUUUCUGCUGUUCUUCCAGUCGACAAAACACUGCCCGCGCACGAGGAGUCACUUGACUUAACAGCCAAUGAUUUCGUGCCUUCGCUUCAGGGCUCUGGUCCCCGUACCUACACCGUUAGCAGCAAUGAAUGGAUCAUGGCUCAAUCGAUCCCUUCGCCACUAUCUCCUACAAAGGUUGUGGCUCAUGGACUAAACAGUGUUGAUGAGAUGAUUCACCGAGGUGUGGUCAUGCGCAUAUUCAUAAAGCUUUACACUACGGCAAAGCUCAUGCAGACUAUUCUGUUGGGCUACGGCGUUGAGAUGGGCGAAUCAUCAAAUGGUUUGAUGUUCUGGAUCAAACGCAGCGAGGAGAACAUUAAAUGUCACAAAAUCACCGUUUUGAUUGACAUCGUUGAAAAUCUUUACUAUGUUCUCUAUGCUCGAAUCGUCAUUGAACUCGCCAAUAUUGAACUUUGUUCCCUGGCCGAAGACGAAAACGCAGAGAGACGAGCUCAUAGCCGAGCUUUCCUUCUGCCAUCGGCUGAACAUCUUUACCGUAUCGUACUUGCGUUCAAGGACGUGAUGGACUCCCGACAGAUUUGCGCAAUGCUUCGGAAAGACGUUGUUGAGAACUACCAGAGACAAUUCAUCAAAUCUGCAACUGAGAUCAUCAGAAAGAAAGGAGAGGCCCUCUAUGAUCGGUUUGGCUAUCGACGUUACGUGCUCGGGAUUCUGUUGAACAAAGAAGGGAGCUAUUAUCAGAAGUGGAGCUCCCUUAUUCCAUUCUUUGAUAGAAUUGCUCCCAGCCUUAUUGUGCUAUUGUCCGACAAGUAUCGAACUGUAGAUCAAGUCACCGUACUACCCGAGGACAUUACCUACGACGACUUGCCUUUUAUCGAACAAGGUCAACUGGGACCGGUCACCUGGGCAGAUGAAACACUCAAGGACAACCGUGACGUUUCGUUGGCAAGAUUGAAUCACAUUUGUAUCGGAGAACAACGCCGCCGAAGCUCCCUCUUCCGACCUUACUGGUUGACCAAAGAGCACAAGUGCAUCUGUCUAUCCACCUGUCGCUGUUGUGAUGAAUGCACUGCGGAUAUUAGUCGUCACUGUCCUUGCGCCGAGAGACAUGUACGAUUUAUGACAGUCAUCCGUACUCCCAACUACAACAAAGGUGUCUUCCUUGCUCGUGCUAACACUGUUGCCCGCAUGAGCUUUUACGGCCUGAGCUUUUUGAAACAUGAUGUUUCUGAUCAGGUCAUCAUGGAAGAACUAGAGACUGGAUUUGAGAUGGUUGAAGUUCUCAUCUCCCAGGAGCGUUGCGAACCGGUCCGACCAACCUUGAGAAACACAAUUCUUUUUUCCAAAGAUUGA